UGGGGUGUCUGUGAGUGAAUGCUGAGUGCCAGGGCAGUGGGUCUGCAUCAUUGUGGCCGCCACAUGUGUUGUCUCUGCUCUCUCUGCAGUGGGAGCCCAGCAUUGACCUGCUGGAGGCCUUUGUGGAGCACUGGAAGGGCAUCACUCACUACUACAUCGAAAGCACAGAUGAAAACACCCCAGCCAAGAAAACAGACAUUCCCUGGCGGCUGAAGCAGAUGCUGGACAUCCUGGUGUACGAGGAAAAGCAGCAGGGGGCUGCUGGCGAGGCCGGGCCUUGCCUGGAGUACCUGCUGCAGCACAAGAUCCUUGAGACCCUCUGCACGCUGGGCAAGGCCGAGUACCCCCCAGGCAUGCGGCAACAGGUGUUCCAGUUCUUCAGCAAAGUUCUGGCCCAGGUGCAACACCCCCUCCUGCAUUACCUCAACGUCCACAGGCCUGUGCAGAAACUUCUCCGACUUGGUGGGACAGUCCCUGGAUCCCUCACAGAAAAGGAGGAGGUGCAGUUCACCACCGUCCUCUGCUCCAAGAUCCAGCAGGAUCCAGCCCUGCUUACCUACAUCCUGGAAGGUAAAAAGAUUAUAGGUAAGAAGAAGACAUCCAGAGAAUCCACCACCCUGCCUAAAGAGGCAGCCAGCCACAAGGAGCCUCCUGACAGGGAGCCCAAACUUGAUGGGGAGCCCGGUGGGGCCCAGGCCUCAAACACCCAGCUGCCUGCUGAGACCAAGGACCCAGAUGGUGGGAUUGGAGAGAGCAACCUGAUUACAUCCCUCAUUGGGCUGUGCAAGAGCAAGAAAAGCCGGGUGGCCCUGAAGGCCCAGGAGAACCUGCUGCUCCUGGUCAGUGUGGCUUCCCAGGCAGCUGCCACCUACCUGGUACAGAGCAGCCCCUGUUGCCUUGCAAUCACCGAGCACCUUUGCCAGCUGUACCAGUCCAUGCCUGCCUUCCUUGACCCCGCAGACAUUGCUGCCUUAGAGGGCAUCAGCUGGAGGUUACCCAGUGCCCCAUCUGAUGAGGCUUCCUUCCCUGGAAAGGAGGCCUUGGCUGCCUUCUUGGGCUGGUUUGAUUACUGCGACCACCUCAUCAUGGAGGCACACACAGUUGUUGCAGAUGCCUUGGCAAAGGCGGUGGCUGAGAAGUUAUUUGUGGAGACUCUGCAGCCCCAGCUCUUGCACGUGUGUGAGCAGAGCAUCCUGACCUCCACCGCCCUGCUGACGGCCCUACUGCGCCAGCUUCGCUCCCCUGCUCUGCUGCGCGAGGCUGUGACUUUUCUCCUGGGCACAGAGCGGCAGCCUGAGGCCCCUGAGGACAGCCCCCACACCCUGUGUGCCCAUCUCAUUGGGCACUGCGACCACCUCUCUGAUGAGAUCAGCAUCGUCUCACUGCGGCUGUUUGAGGAGCUGCUCCAGAAGCCGCAUGAAUGGAUCAUCCAUAGCCUGAUCCUGCGCAACCUCGAGGGCCGCCCCUAUGUGGCCCGGGGCUUGCCUGAGCCUGAGAACUAUGAGGACACCCUGGAUCUGGAGGAAGACCCCUACUUCACUGAUGGCUUCCUCGAUUCUGGCUUUCAGCCCUCCUCAAAGCCUCCCCCAGUUCCUCCCACCAACUUAGAUGGCAAAACAGCAGUGACUGAGAUCGUCAACAGUUUCCUCUGCCUGGUUCCCGAGGAAGCCAAGACAUCAGCUUUCCUGGAGGAGACUGGAUAUGACACCUAUGUCCACGAUGCGUAUGGACUGUUCCAGGAGUGCAGCGCCCGAGUUGCCCCCUGGGGCUGGCCCCUGGGCCCCACACCCCUGGAUCCCCAUGAGCCCGAAAGGCCUUUCUUUGAGGGUCACUUCUUCCAAGUGCUCUUUGACCGGAUGUCCCGGAUUUUGGAUCAGCCAUACAGCCUGAACCUGCAAGUGACCUCAGUCCUGUCCCGGCUCGCCCUCUUCCCUCACCCCCAUAUCCAUGAGUACCUCCUGGAUCCCUACAUCAACCUGGCCCCUGGCUGUAGGAGCCUGUUCUCUGUGCUUGUCAGGGUGAUUGGAGACUUGAUGCAGAGAAUUCAGAGGGUACCCCAGUUCCCAGGCAAACUGCUCCUGGUGCGAAAGCAGCUAAUGGGUCAGGUCCCUGGGGAACAGCUGGACCAUCAGACCCUCCUUCAAGGUGUGGUAGUACUUGAGGAAUUCUGCAAGGAGCUGGCUGCCAUUGCUUUUGUUAAGUUUCCCCCACAUGGUCCUCACUUGAACCUCUCCCCACCCCCGUAAGGGCCUGUCUGAGUCAGGAGGAUGACGGGUGGGGAGACUCCUGUCCACACCACUGCCCAAGAGCUGCCUCCUGCCUGGCAUUCCUGCCACCACUCUCCUCCCAAGAGGUGGGGGCUGGGCUCACCUCCUCUGCAUCCCAGGGACCUCUGCCUCUGCCGAGGCCUGGGCUUCAGCUCCCAGGUUAACUAAGGAGACUUUGGCUUGUUGACCAGACCAGACUGGGUUUCAGGGAGUGGCCCUCAGAGGCACCAGAUGCCACAGGAGCUAAAGAGAUGGCUUCCCAGGCAUCAUGGUGUCCUCAGGGCCUUCUUGGAGGAGCUGGGUGAUGGCCAGGUGAGCACCUGGAUGCCGGAUUUCAUGUUUUCUGCACCUAUCACCCUUCUGGCCAGGGCCAAGACCUGUGACUUAAUUCCAGAGACAAGAGAGGGAGUGAGCAGAUGGCUUCAGAGGCUGCUCAGGAACCUAGGCCAGAGACAGGGCGUAGGGGCCCUGUCUUUGUCACAUCAGGUACCACAGGAGCUGCCGACACUUGGCAUUUUUUUUCCUGCCUUCUUGGUUGGACCCAUGGGGAAGGGACAGUGAAGGAGAGAGCAGGGGAAGCCCCUUCUGCCUGCUCUGCCCCCCUGGACAUGAUUGCAAAAUUCCCAACCACCUCAUGGCAAAUGCCCGAAGCAUGCUCCGCGCCCAGGU